ACGCUCGGCCCCUCUCGGAGGCAACAGGGAGACGUGCGAAAGGAUGAGAUGCGGUUGCUGCCUGCGCUGAAUGAUGAACGCACAGAAUCAGGCGGCCCUGGACAUCUCGACGAAGAACCCGCAGGAUGACUUCGAGAUCAUCCAGCGAGUUGGCGGCGGGACCUACGGGGAGGUGUACAAGGCCCGGCAAAAGCAUACCGGCCAACUGGCGGCCGUGAAGAUCAUCAAGAUGGAACCGGACGAUGACUUUUCGGUUAUUCAGCAAGAGAUUUCCAUCGUGAAGUCCUGCACGCAUCAGAACAUUGUCGCAUAUUAUGGAAGCUACAUCAAGUCCAACAAGUUGUGGAUUUGUAUGGAAUACUGUGGAGGAGGAUCACUACAGGACAUUUACCACGUCACAGGCCCGCUCUCUGAGUUACAGAUCGCCUACAUCAGCAGGGAAAUGCUACAGGGUUUGGAAUAUCUACACAAUCGAGGGAAGAUACACCGGGACAUUAAGGGUGCAAACAUUCUCAUCAAUGACAACGGGGAUGUAAAGUUGGCUGAUUUUGGAAUUUCUGCACAAAUUACUGCCACGUUUGCCCGAAGAAUGUCUUUCAUCGGAACACCGUACUGGAUGGCACCGGAGGUUGCUGCCGUGGAGAUCAAAGGGGGCUACAACGAGCUCUGUGACAUCUGGGCAGUUGGCAUCACGGCCAUAGAGCUGGCUGAGCUCCAGCCGCCCAUGUUCGACGUCCAUCCUCUGAGGGUGCUCUUUCUAAUGUCCAAAAGUGGUUACCAACCUCCGAAGUUAAAGGAUAAAGGGAAAUGGAGCUCAGCGUUCCACAACUUUGCCAAAGUGACGUUAACGAAGAAUCCGAAGAAGAGGCCAGCUGCCAGCAAGAUGCUGACUCACCAGUUCGUGUCGCAGUCCGGGCUGAGCCGAGCGCUGAUUCACGAGUUGAUUGACAAACUCAGGAACCCGGAGAAGCACUCCAGCAUGCAGGAGGUGGACGAGGAUGAAAUUGAGCCUCCCCCCACUGUCCCACGCAGGAUUCAGUCGACUAACCGACACUCACAGGCAGAGAGAACCAACUCCGAGAUAAUGCUCCACAACAUUCAGUUUGAACAGGCCCUGCGGAGGGAGGAGAGCUGGUGGAAUAAGGAUCAAACUGUGGACCAAACUUCGAGCUGUUCUCAGAACCUGCCCAGCCCUAGACGGGAGAUCAGGAAGAAGAUGGUGGACUCGGACGAUGAUUACGAUGACAUUGCCGUACUGACCGAGAGCCUGCAAGCGGACAGACACACUGACAAGCCGCCACCGCUACCCCCCAAGCCCAAGUUCCGGACCAGCUCGGAGGAUAGCCUCCCGGAAGAAGAGAAGCUGAAGACGGUGGCCCAACACCCAAAGUGCACGCGGCUGAUGACCCCGCUCACCCGCUGCUCCAGUGGCCCGCUGGAAGCCUCCAGGAAGCUGGGCAGGGGGGCCUCCAGAAGCCCUGUCCACUCUGCCGUCAAUGUCAGCAGCUCAGAUCCCAGCCAGUGGGCGAGUCACCUUGCCAGGGACACAGGAGGGACCCCACCUCUGCUGCCUCGGAGGAAGGAAAAGAAGGAGAGAGCGGUAGCGCCUGAAUCUGAAGCCCCUCUUAUUCAGAAGGUGGAGGUGGAGGUCCCGCUACAGAAAGUGUUCAACGGCUGUCCCUUGAAAAUUAAUUGUGUGACGUCCUGGACACACCCCAACACCAGAGCCCAGCACCUUAUACUGGGGUCAGAGGAAGGGAUCUACACCCUGAAUCUAAACGAGCUGCAGGAAGCCACAUUAGAACUGCUGUAUCCAGGACGAUGUACUUGGGUCUACGUUGUCAGCAACAUGUUAAUCAGUAUCUCAGGGAAGGCCAUGCAGCUACACUCUCACAGCUUGUUGGGACUUUACGAGCAGGCCAAAAAGGAACAGAGAUCAAUGGUUCACAUCCCGACACAUCGACUCUUAGCCAGGAAGAAUGCAACAUCCAGUAAGAUUCCAGACACCAAAAGCUGCAGGAAGUGUUCUGUUGUACGAAACUCUCCCACUGGCUGCUGUUACUUGUGCGGAGCGCUGGAGUCCAGCAUCGUCCUCCUGCAGUGGUACGAGCCCAUGCAGAAAUUCAUGCUCAUCAAGCACUUUGACUUUCCGCUGCCCAAUCCCCUGCGGAUUUUUGAAGCGUUGGUGGUGCCAGAGCAGGAAUACCCGAUUGUAUGCAUUGGAAUCAGCACAAAGUGUUUCUCGGACAAGGUUGUACAGUUCCUGACCAUUAACCUCAAUUCCUCCUCCUCCUGGUUUACGGACCUGGGGACAGCAGGUCAACAGGAUGAAUUUAUCCACGUGUGCCAACUGGACAAUGAGAUGGUGCUGGUGUGCAUUGGCCAAAACAUGAAAGUUGUAAAUAUUGAAGGAAAACUUAUGACACGUAAGGAUCUAUUUCCAGAGGUGACGUUUGAUAUUCCAGUGGAAUCUGUGGUCUGCUUCUCCGACAGCGUCCUGGGCUUCUGGAAACACGGGAUGCAGCGGAAGAGUUUCAGAACCUGUGAGAUUUUUGAACAGAAAACAGAGCCCAAUCGAUUAUAUCGCUUUUUGGGAGCUGACAGCAGCAGACUGGUUGUCUUCGAAACCAAGCCGAAAGACGAUCUCACUUCCCACACCAACCUGUAUAUCAUGAAGGUACCGGACAAUCCUUUUGGGGAAUGAAGGAGGGCCGGCCGCUCAGGCAUAGCCGCUGUUUGGGCGGUGAGGACCAUUUCCCAGGGGAAGCGGGGCAAAACAGGACUGUUGCCAAUUGGUGGAUGCUUGCCGGAUACCUAGAGCCGCAGAGCCUUUCUCGCUUGUCGGUGCGUGGGUCAAGGGUCUGUUCUUGACCAUUAAAUCUCCAUCGGAAGGAUGCCUCUGUGUUACAGCUAGCACCUACAAAAACCGAUAACGUGUAAAGUUUGAAAUCGUCAGUGCUUUUCUAUAAAUAAAGAAUUAUAUUUGAUGUGCUGUA